UUACCAUGGCAGCGCUUCCUGUGGCUUUGAAGGAAAGCGGUAGUGUGGCUUUUGAGGAUGUUGAGGACAUUUUCUAGAGUUGGGGGUUGGUAGUGUCAUUGUCAUUGAGUUCCUGCAUUCGGGCAGAAAUGCUCUGAUCCUCAAAUGAUGAACUAUUGUGAUUAACAGGGGACGUAAUGCUGGGAAAAAUAAAGCACCUGGAUGUUCCUAAUGGAAGGAUGGUGCUGGCAGUUUCUGAUGGAGAGUUAAAUAAUACUGUCCAUGAUGGGCGAGGAAGUAACCACAGCCUCAACAGCCUGCCCAGUGUACAGAUUGGUGGACUUGCUUCAGAGAAAUCAGUGGCCAGCUGGGCUGUAUCAUUUGAGAGGCUUCUGCAGGAUCCACUUGGGGUGGAGUAUUUCACGGAAUUCCUAAAGAAAGAAUACAGUGAAGAGAAUAUAUAUUUCUGGAAGGCGUGUGAGAAAUUCCAUGCAAUCUCUAAUGAUGAUUCAGCAAAGCUUUUGGAAGAAUCACACAGGAUCUACAAUAAAUAUCUUUCCAGCAGCUCCCUGUGUCCAGUCAAUGUUGAUCAGCAGGCGCUAAUUACAGAGGACAUGCUGAAAACACCCUCGCCGGAUAUAUUUAAUGCACAGCAACUGCAGAUUUUCAACUUAAUGAAGUUUGACAGCUAUGCCCGCUUUGUUAAAUCACCAUUGUACCAGGAGUGCAUGCUGGCAGAAGUGGAGGGUAGACCUCUGCCCAACCUUAACCUCUCCCAGAGCGAUCCAGUUGCAAGUUGCCAUGCUCUUGCUUCUGGUGCAGUAAAGAAAAAGAAACUGAAGGCUGGAAAGUCUCUGCCGGUUGGAGUUGAGGGGAUAGACAUAGAAACCGUCACAGACAAAUCACAUCGCAGAUCUUUUAAGAAGAAGGACAGAAUAGGACAUUCCAAAGAAGCUUUAGACAGCAAUGGACUCUCAUCUCGCCGGGAAUCGGGGGUAUCACUUAACUCCAAUACCAGUCUGGAGCUAGGUCUCAACUCUUCAUUGACAAGCAAAUCUGAGAAUGAAGGUGGGAGCACAGGCAGUGCUGACGCUGAAGCAGAUACCAAAUCACUAAAAUAUUGUUGUGUCUAUCUUCCUGAUGGCACUUCCUCACUUACUGCUGUCAAACCAGGUUUAACGAUCCGGGACAUGUUGGCCGGGGUUUGUGAAAAACGUGGAUAUUGUCUCUCAGAUGUGAAAGUGUUCUUAGUAGGAAAUGAACAGAAGGCCUUGGCCCUGGAUCAGGACUGUUUGGUACUAACAGAGCAGGAAGCGAGGCUGGAAAACUGGAUAAGCUUUGAGUUACAGAUGAAACCGAUGGAUAAAAGUGUUCGGAUCGUGUCAAAACCCACUAAGACCAUUGGAGAGGCCCUACACUCAAUACUAAAGAAAUACGGACUGGAGAAUCAGCACAUUGUACUCACUAAGGCUGGACAGUGCCAUGCUUUAGAUCAAAAGAGCUCUGUGAAUGAGGUGGCAGGGCAGAAACUGGAUUUGGAACUUGUCCAGUUCAGUGAUCCUACAAAAGCUGUAGGAACUACAGUUGAGCAUCAUACAAAGAAACACUGUACAAAGGAACACAAAGAAGACAAAGGCAUUCCAGUGACAGAACCUUACCACAGGGCACAACAUGAGCCUCAUCAUGUGAACCAAGUAUCAUCAGAGAACGGGCAUUCAGAGGCUCCACAUGGGAAGCAUAAGCCUCAUCGGCAUAAAUAUGAUAUUGAAGGAUUGGUUGAACUGCUUAACAAAGUUCAGAGCACACGAGCAGAUGACCAGCGUGGAUUGCUCUGUAAAGAGGACCUGGUCCUACCAGAAUUCUUAAAGCUUCCUACAGACAAGGACUGUUGUCACUGCAGCAUGGCCAGUGCGGAUGAAUCACCAGUUAUUACUGCAAAUGCUCCGCACUGCUUGGAUCUGUCACAAGCUUCUCAAAGUGGCUGCGAACACAACUCUUCCACAAACUCCAUAUCAUCAAGAUUUAAAAAAGAUUGUUUAGCAGAGUCACAGGCAAACACUGCAACAGGUGUAGCAUCCCUGUAGAACGGGACACUUUUAAACACAGAAAAGAAACUAGAGGUUAGCGUUUUGGAUCCUACCUGCUCACAUUAUACUUCAGCAGAGAAGCCAAGGAGUGCGUUGUAAUAAAAUACUUUUUGGAUUGAAUCCCCUAACCUGGAUUCCUGUAAUCAAAGGCACAAAUCUAAACUACUGUCCCUAUAAGAUCAUUGAACAAGGCUAAACAUAACACCUUGUCUUGUGCAUAGGAUAUAAAGAUGUACCUGAGACUGAAUAAUAUGUGAGGGCAGUUUAAAUAUACAUUGAGUUUUUAAUAAUAUUUCCCUUUUAUGAAAAGUCAAAUUUCAAUUGGCAUAUUUUUUCAUAAUUAUUUGUGUUAGACAAAUUUACAGUGUUUCCAAAAAUGUGUGUGUUUUUUAAAUUAUUUUCGAAUUUCCCUUGGAGCUUUACACCUAAAUGUGUUCACUGUUCAGCAGCUCUUUGGGGGCAAAAGCUAUUAUAACCUAUUACCAAAAUAACUUGCACAUCAGUUGAUCAAAAUACCAAUUUUUUUAUGACAAGGACACAUUCUUAGAAUGGUAAAGAGUCAUUCACAUGGGAAAAAAGAAACCCUGGUGAGAAAAUGUGCCAUUUGUAAUACUUUUUUUUUUAGAAAUCUGCUCCAUGCUGCUCUAGAGCCCUGUGCGAAAUAUAAAACUUGCAUUGGAAAGGAUCAGUGAAAGUUCAAUUAAAUAAAAUUUCAGUUCUUGGUGUGCUAUGUGGAAAUUAAACAUAGCCUAAUGGUUCAGUUGCUAACAUGUGCAAUCUAACAAAAAGGCCGAACCAAAGAGCUCAAAGGAGAAGAUCCUUAUAGAAAGUAGAUGCUCUAGAGCAGGGCUGUCUACUGGAGACCCACUGGCCAGAUAUUGACCUUCUAUAGAUUUCCAAAGACCUCAGACUUCUCAAGUGCUCUGUGGACCUCAUUGACAUUAUCUUCUAUUAUAAUAUGACCUUCGAACAGAAAGGAGCUUUUUACUAACGGGCGCAGGCAUCACUUCGCUAGCAAUGGAGGUAGACGGUAGAGUUGCUUCGCACUCUGAAGCCAGGCGAAUUUUCACUCUGGCGAUUAGACUUAACUCUGCAAAUUCACUAAGAUGCAGAUUUUACUGAACGUUAC